AUGCUUGCAGUUAUACUGUACACAGACACUGUUGUUUAUGCUGAUUUACGCUUGGAUGAAAUACUCUUUUGUCAGCAAAAUCCCUUUGAAGUGGGAGACAACUGGCAUCGCCAAAAGUGGCCGAUAUUUGGUGCAAUACUGGACUCAGCUAUUCGACUAUUGUACAGAUAUGAUGAAAGACAAAACCGUCCGCCGUUAGUUUACCACGGUUUAAGAGAUACUGAAAUUGAUAAAUACGUAUUUAACAAUCAUGGCACUGAAAAACGUGACAGUUACUUCAAAUAUGGUACAUUUGUCAGUACAUCAUGGGAUAAAGAAGUAUCACUUGGUUUCAUGGGUGAAAAAGGCUGUUUAUUAGAAAUUGAUACGAGUGAACCACCAGAUGGAUGUCAACGACUGGUUGGUGCUGAUGUAUCAUGGAUAUCUAAAUUUCCUGUAGAAUGUGAAUUUUUGAUUGCAAGAAAGCCAACAUUUGAAGUGACGGAAAUAGUAUUUGAUGAUGAACAAAAUUGUCAAUUAGUAAGAGUUCGCUAUUAUGAUAGUGGUAUUCAGGAGAUUUUAUUUAUAUGUAUCUCUUAUAUAGAGUAA